AAUUCAUGGCAUUACAAAUUCUGCGUCUCAGUAUUAAUUCGUUCUCUGUGAACAGUGUAGUUGAUAAACUGAAGCAACCUUGUUUUCUUUGUCCUUUAGAACGCAAGACAUUUUAUUUCACAUCUGUUUUGAAGGUACAUGUUCUAUGAUAUUUCGCUACGGCUUUUCAAUAAACAAGAAUAACAACAGUUACUUGUUAAUGCUAAUGAGGUGCAGCUGAAAACAUUGUUGUAUCGCGUAAAAAAUUAAUAAUUCAAGAUUGUAUUAUCCUCGCCAUUUCUUUGUUACAAUAAAACAGUUAAAUAAUCUAUUUUUCAUAUGUAUAAUGUAUGCUGAAGCAUAAGAGAUGUUUUCAAAGCUUAAUGGUGUGACGUACACUUGAAUACACCAAACGUUCGUUAAAAAAUAUAUUGAAAGCGAACAAUUUAAGCACAAGCGUGAUGCAACCAGUCACGUGAGAGUACAUACCAACGAUGUUAGAGAAAAUUUAAAUUCUAUGUUCAGUCAUACUCGAAGUGCCAAUUCAGACUGAUCGAACUGCAAAAAUUAAAAAUGUAAAAUAUUGAAUAUAGCAUAAUAAAAGUGGAAUUAUACGUAAUAUACGAAUUAAAUAGAUGUGUUGAACAUUGAAUUUAAAAUUCCAGGUGACAGAGUGGACGCCGCUGCUGCAGUCGAGCCAGGACACGAUGGGGGAAAAGAAUAUAGGUAUUUCACAGCUGACACUUGUGUCAAACGAUGCUUCGGCUGUCCGAGGAAAACAGCUUCCUCAAUACGCCGCUGCACUCUCUGCUACCAUCGGAGCUCUUGCUUUUGGUGGAGUUUUGGGAUGGUCGACAUCAGGUGGUGACUCAGGGGAGAAAUUGGCAGAACAGUACAACAUUACGAUAAGCAGCUCAGAGUUUUCUUGGAUCGGUUCAAUAUCAAAUUUGGGAUCAGCAGCAAUUUGCAUUCCAAUGGGUCUAAUGAUGGACAUAUUUGGUAGAAAACGAAGCAUGCUGCUUCUAGUAGUUCCUUAUACCAUUGGCUGGGCACUUGUGAUCUGGGCUCAAUCAGUGGUGAUGUUCUGUAUUGGCAGAUUCUUGCUGGGUUUGAGUGGUGGAGGAUUUGGCGUUGCAGUACCAGUUUACACAGCAGAGAUCGGAGAACCUUCCAUACGCGGUACUCUGGGAGCAUUCUAUGAGCUGAUGUUGACCUCUGGAGUUCUGAUAACAUAUUCUCUCGGUACCCUCAUACCGAUAUACUAUCUCUCCAUAACAUUUGCAAUUGUACCGUUGCUAUUCUUCACCAUAUUUUCAUUCAUGCCAGAAAGUCCGACUUACUUUCUAAUGAAGAAUAGAGAGGAAGAUGCCAGAAAUAGCUUGCUGAGACUGCGCGGUCCUAAAUAUGACCUUGACCAUGAGCUGCAAGUACGAAAACAUGUCUUAGCAGAAGAGUUGAGAAAUAGAGGCUCUUUUAUUCAAGCAAUAAAGUCGAGAGCAGCCAGAAAUGGGUUGAUAAUUUCCUAUGGCCUGAUGUUCUUCCAGCAACUGAGCGGUGUUAAUGCAAUUGUAUUUUACACAGGAAGUAUCUUUGGCAAGAACGGUAGCAUUUCCACAGACACGUCAACAAUUAUUGUUGGAGCUCUUCAGGUACUGUCGACUUCCAUCAGUCUAUUAACUGUUGACAAGCUUGGACGUCGAGUUUUGCUUCUUGUUUCGAUAGUAGCAAUGACAAUAGGUAUGUUUUCUCUCGGUACGUAUUAUUACUUGGAGCACAUAGAAGCGGAUGUUUCAUCAAUUAACUGGCUUCCACUUGUAUCGGUUUGCUUCUUUGUCCUCAUGUGUAGUCUUGGUUUUGGACCACUUCCAUUUAUGAUGGUUGGAGAGCUAUUCUCACCACAAAUAAAAGGUGUAGCUGGUAGUAGUGCUUGCUUUUUUAACUGGAUGAUGGCAUUUAUAGUGACAAGAACUUAUAGUGACCUUGUACUGGCAUUCGGUACGUACACUACAUUCUGGAUGUACAGUGUAAUUUGUGCCAUAGGUACAGUGUUCGUUGUUUUCAUUGUGCCCGAAACAAAAGGGAAGCCUUUAGAACAGAUUCAACGUGAAUUAGGAGCAAAGUCUGUCCCUGUUCCCGAUCCUGUAAAAGCUUAGAAAAUUUUGUCAUUCAAUGAUAUAUUCAAAAUAAUGACGAUUCAAACGUGUCGUGUGAAACAAAAUAAUAAAGUUGGUUGUGCAAAGAGCUGUUAAUGUAAAUAUCAGGACAUCAAUAACUAAUUUGUAAUAUUAACGAUGGUCUAAAGAAUUAUCGUGCAAAUUUUAAGCUCAGAGUGGUUAAGUAUGCACUAAACACUAGUAGCAAACAUAGGUCACAUUGCAUACCAGUUGUUGACUUCUGCAACAUAAUUUCGUUCGGUGAAAUAAGUUCUGUCUAUUUAAAACUCACAAUCAAACUAACAAAGUUCAACUUAUACUCAGCUGGAAACAGUGAUUCAUUUUUAUUAUCACCUGACUAGGCAAAUUUAAUCUUCUAUUUACUUGAACGUGCCAAGCGUGGUCCAAGCGGGCACGUGUGAUAAUCAUGAUUUGUAUUGUAUUAUUAGACCUACUCAAUUUAACACUCAGUACUUCGCUGUUCUUUGUGAUAUCUCUGAAAAAAACGUUGCACAGUGUCAAACAAAUACUAAACGGAUAGAUAAUUUAGUAAAUGGAAUAAAAUUUUGUACAGAACCUUUAGAAUAGGAUUUUUUAUAUGUACUCCGAUGCACAUUACGUCUCAAUCUACUCGAUUAUUAUAAUUGUGAAUAUAACGUUUAUAGAAAAACAAAAAUCAACAUAAAUAGCCAUUUCUUGGACUCAACUACAGAGUUUGUUAUAUAUAGUCAAUAUUUCGACUGGUUUUUGCAACAACUUUUACACUGCAAAAUGCUUCUAGUUUGUACAUAUCAAUGCAGUUUUAUUUCUACAGAUGUAAAAUAUUUUAUUAGAAUAACUCUAAAAAUUGUAGCAAUAAUCCGAGAAACACCUCGAUUCAAGUGCUUACUAAGGUUUAAAAUAAAUUGAGGGCUAUGGCAGUAUACCAGGUGUUAUUAGGUAAAAACUGAUUCUCUGUUUUAUAAUCUUAUUUAAACUAUACAUAUGUAUAUUGAAAUAUUAGAACUCUCUUGCUUUAUGGCACGAUAUGAACAUAUUAGAUAAGUAUAUAUACAAAUUAUAAAUUAUGAGAUUUGAGAACUCACUAUAAUGAACCAUUUAUGUUACCCGAAACUAAAUGAUCUGUAUAAUAUAAAAUGGACAAGUAUGAUAACAGUAUGAUUAUGAUAAAUGUAUACAUAGAAUAAAAUGACUACAUUCCUACAGAGUU